UAUUGAACGCACCUUGACUUGUCACUGCAGUUACUAUAGAAACGAAGCAUAGCCUCUGAGAGCUAACGUUUACAAGCAGAGAACAGUACUGGCCCAUGUAAAUGCUUUUAGUUUUAAAAAUGGAGGAUCGCUAUGCCUUUCUUACUGAGUGGUAUGACCCUACUGCAGCUCUCCUGCGGCGCUACCAACUGUUCUACUACCCCAAAGAUGGCUCAGUGGAAAUGUUUGAUGUAAAGAACCAGAGAAUAUUUUUGAGAAGGACCAAAUAUGAUGAAAUCCAUCAAGAGGACUUGUUUGUUGGGAAUCGAGUGAAUGUGUUCUCACGGCAGCUUAAUCUGAUUGACUACGGGGAUCAGUACACAGCAAACAAACUUGGUAGCAAAAAAGAAAGAACUCUUGCUUUGAUAAAGCCUGAUGUAGUUACCAAGAUCGGAGAUGUCCUUGAAUUGAUAUACUCCUCUAAUUUGAUUGUGACCAAAGCCAAAAUGACAAAGCUUACAUGGAGCCAAGCGGCAGACUUUUACGUGGAACAUCAGUCAAAGCCUUUCUUCAGUAACCUCGUGCAGUUUGUGUCCUCGGGGCCUGUGGUUGCCAUGGAGCUGAUGGGUGAUGAGGCCAUGUCUAUCUGGAGGAGGCUCCUGGGACCUGCAGACUCUGCUGUGGCACGGAGGGAGGCGCCGCAGAGUGUCCGUGCCCAGUUUGGAACAGAUGGCAUCAAAAAUGUUGGACAUGGCUCUGACUCACUUGCUGCAGCAGCAAGAGAGCUUGAAUUUUUUUUCCCAUCCACAAUUGGCCAUGGUCCCUCUAAUACAGCUAUCUAUACAGACUGCACAUGCUGCAUCAUCAAACCUCAUGCCAUAUCAGAAGGUCUGACUGGGAAGAUCCUGAACUCUAUAUCUGCAGCUGGAUUUGAAAUCUCUGCCCUUCAGAUGUUCAAUGUGGACCGAGCAAAUGCAGAAGAAUUCUAUGAAGUUUACAAAGGUGUUGUAACAGAGUAUCCUAGUAUGGUGACUGAGCUGUGUUCUGGACCCUGCAUGGUCCUGGAGAUCCACGGCACCGACUCACCACAGACAUUCAGGGAGUUCUGUGGGCCUGCUGAUCCAGAAAUUGCACGACAUCUCCGUCCAACCACGUUGCGUGCCCUUUAUGGCAAAGACAAAGUGAAAAAUGCAGUCCACUGUACAGACCUUCCUGAGGAUGGUGUUCUGGAGGUGGGUGGUAUUUCACUGACACAUACACAUUGUACUCUCCAGCACAUGGAGAGUACACCCACAUUAUUUCAUCUGUGUAGAGCCUCUGAUCCUGCAAAAUAGGUUUCUUCAGUCCAUGCAUAAAUAACUACCUUGCGUUUAGCCAAGAACAAAACCCCCUCGACUGUGUGAAGCCGAGUCUCAUGACUCUGCUCUGGGGGCUGGGGCAACCUCAGAUCACACUGGUUUUGAGGAGAACAAGAAUGGCAGAGGAAUUUGAAACAAAACCAUUGUUUAAGAGGGAGUGGGUCUGACCCAUCAAGCGUCAUUGUUCAGGAAAACUCCUGAUCUGUGGCCUGGACAAAUGCCUCCUUGUUAAACAUUAGCCUGUGACUGACUGAGCUGCCAUUUUCCCAAGACUGGGACAUGGUGGCCAAGAAAAGGCUUUUACAGAGGAGAAUUCACUCUGUGAACUUUUACUAUUCUCAUAUCAGAGAGAGAGGACAGGCUGACACUUUGAUGUUACUGUCUUAAUUCAGUAGGUGCUGUAAUUAAUGUUCAUUUCUUUUUCCAGGUGCAGUAUUUCUUCAAGAUCUUGGAUGGAUGAGUGGAAAACAUGCUCACUCCACACUCAAAGACUUGACAGUUGUCUCAUUUUCUGUUUAUUGUUUCAGCCUUAUGCAGAUUAAAUAAAGUGACAAGAGCAGACUCCUGACAAGUGUUUUGAUCUUCAACACUGAAUUAAGUAUUUUCACACCAACUAAACAUCUUAAUACACGGGAUACUGCAUUGCCUCUGAUAUUCUCUGACUUUUUGACCAGCGACUUUGGUAUUGGAUUCAUACAUUACACUUUGAAAAAAAUGUACAACUGCAUAAAUAUAAAAUUCUUCCACCAUGAAAAUGGCUAAAACAUUCAAUAGUAAGUUGCAUCACAUCACGUGAUGUCUCCAGCAAAACAGAUUUCAAAGCACUGAGUUGCCACUGUUUCCAUGGAGGUGACAGUCUUCUAGGCUGGACCCACAAAGCUCUACACUAUGAAUUAAGAAUAAACAGAUGUAAGAGUAUCAAACAGAAAUGUCAUCAAACCAUAUCCUACAGCUAAAGUGAACAAAGAAAGGGUGUACAAAUGUAUCCUUCCACAGUCAACUUGAACAACUUGGAUAAAGAAACACACAAAACAAAACAAGAAGAUUCCAUGGAGCGCAGUCAUUUACUCCUACAUGGGCCUUAAAGGUUCAGAGUACCAUGCUAGUAUUUCAGUUAAUCAGAGCACAUUAACACACACUCCACACGCUCACAUUAACUAACACACCUGCACACAGACACAAGUGCACACACGCACACACA